CCGUCGGUCAUUUUAACUUUUUAGGUCUUUGUUCACAGACUCCCAGGCUUCAGGGCGCUGGUGGUGAGUCGGAGGAGGCCUGAGAGGCAGCGCGCCUGCUGUUCGGGGUGUGUCUGAGGCUUCUUGAGCCCAACAGCCCGAGAUUGGCGUCCCCGUGCCUCCCGGACUCCUCUCUGCUCACCGCGUCCCCGCAGCCGGACCCCAUUUCCCCCUCCAGCCUUGGGGACCGGCCUCCCGCCGCCCAGGUCCCAGCGCUCAGAAUGGUUAUGAACUUUGAGGAUGUGGCCAUUGCCUUCUCUCAGGAAGAAUUGGGGAUCCUUGAUGAGGCUCAGAGACUUCUGUACUGCGAUGUGAUGCUGGAAGUUUUUGCAGUUGUAUCAUCUAUAGGUUGUUGGCAUAAAAUGGAAGAUGAGGAGGCCAGUUCUGAUCAGAGUGUAUACAUACAAGGAGAGUCACAGGUCAGGGCUUCUAAGACAGCUGCAGCCACCCAGAAGACCUUUCUGUGUAAGCAGUGUUUCUCUGUGUUACAACGUAUUUUGCACCUGACUGGGUCACAUGCAGCAGACUUUGAGCAGAAAGCCUUCUGUACUGAUGUAUGUGUUGGAGACUUCUGUUUCAGUGCAAACCCUCACCAGCAACAGAGGAAUGAAUGUGGACAGGGGCCCUGGAAACAAGCUAUGGACAGGGCCUCCUUUGUGAACAGGUGCAGCUUCUCCUUAUCUUUGGUGACUUCAACUAGGAGGGAGGUUGGCAAAGACUUGCAACCCAACUCAGAGCUUCCCCAGCACCAGGCUACUCUCAAGACUGAGGAGCUACACUGUGGCAGUGAGAUUUCACAGGAAUUUCUUGAUGGAAAAAGUCAUCACCAGUGGGGUGACUGUGAAAACGCUGCCAGCCACAACCUGGAAGAUGUUAAAUGUCAGGGUGGAUUUUCUGAAGAAGUAAUUUUUGAGUGUGACAAAUGUAGGGAAGUGUUUAGACGAAUCUUUAACCUCAUUCAACAUAAGAGAGUUCACACUGGAGAACAGCUGUAUGAGUGUCAUGAAUGUGGGGUUUCUUUUCGUCUGAGAGCUCACCUCACAAGACACCACAGAGUUCACACUGGAGAGAAGCCAUAUGAGUGUAGUGAAUGUGGGAAGUCUUUUAGCCAAAAAUCAAAUCUUAUUGAACAUCUGAAAGUUCACAGUGGAGAGAAGCCAUAUGAGUGUACUGAAUGUGGGAAGUCUUUUAGCCGAAAAUCUAACCUCAUUAUGCAUCUGAAAGUUCACACUGGAGAGAAGCCAUAUGAGUGUACUGAAUGUGGGAAGUCUUUUAGCCGGAAAUCUAACCUUAUUAUGCACCUGAAAGUUCACACCGGAGAGAAGCCAUAUGAAUGUACUGAAUGUGGGAAGUCCUUCAGUGUAAGAAGUACACUCAUUAAACACCAGAGAGUUCACACUGGAGAGAAGCCAUAUGAGUGUACUGAAUGUGGGAAGUCUUUUUGCCAAAAAUCUAGUCUUAUUAAACAUCUGAGAGUUCACAGUGGAGAGAAGUGUUAAAUGUGCAGGAAAUGUUUUAUUUUAUUCACUUAGAAUAAUAACACUGAAGGCGACUCUUUGGGACCUAUUUUCCUGAAUUGAAACCCCCCCCCCUUUUUUUA